GUAGCCGCGACACUCCGAAAAUAGAUAAAGCCGCAGCCAGGGUGAGCACCAGGUUGUUCCAUCACAAGGGUUGGUUCGUCUGUCGCUUGCCAAGUAUACUGUAUACCUACCCACAUACCUAUACACCUACAGUACCUACCUCCCUGCCUACCAGGCUACCACUGUUGUUCGACCUCCGACAUGCGCACGGGUCCGCUUCAUGUCCAUUCUGGAUACGGUACCUUAUGCACUUUGCCAAACCAUCUCAACGGCAGGUGCAUAUGCGAAAUACAGCAAACAGAGGAAAGUGUGGCAGUGUGCGCAUCUUCCCUUCCCUGCGGUACUGUACAACGAAACUUGUCACUUCUCCACUUCAGCGUCAGGCUGUGGUCUAGAACCCUCCAGAUCAUGCACAACAUUCGCACAUUUCUCAUGCCCCCCAGAGGAAUGAGCAUGUGCGAGGACAUGGAACAGCAGGAGUGAAAGUCGGUGAAGACUGUACGACGCUCUUGCCAUUGUCCGAGACAAGUAUUGCGACCGACGACCGAUAACGGCAGGUUACUGAACAGCCUCGUCAACUUGACGGCUGCAUAGGCACAUAUCCCUUACCGAUGGACAUCAAGGAGUGGUUGCAGAACACCGUCUACAGGGAGCCGCCGGAAGAUCAGGAAGGCUUCCCCAACGGGCCUCAACCGCAGCUGGGCCCAUCGAAGCCUGUGCGUACCGGUCACCGACACAAGAGGAGGCGGGCUUCAAGCGACCCACCCGCAGAUGGAUUGGGUCGACGAGAUCUUGCGAGCUCCGAUCAUGUUCAACUGGCUGCUGCGAGCUUCUGUAGCGACAGUACAUCUCGGCAUGGUGGAAGUGGCGUCUCGAGCCGUGAACGCGUGCCAAUCAAAGUAUAUGAGAAGCGUGCACGACACAAGACAAAACCAGACCGCUACGAGUACAAGCCGAAGAAGGGGAAAGAGGAGCAUGAACCGAAGAAAUCCAAGUCAAAGCGCCAGAAGAGAGAUCGCACUGCCGACGGUGCUCGCACUACAGGUAUCGUGCAAAGUUUCCAGCUGAAGAAUGGGCCAAAGAGCAAUAGACUAACGCUCCGUCCAGAAGCCACUGCUGGGAUAUUCAAUCAUGGCAAAGCAUCGGCGCCUAUGGCGGCCAGUGGUCCUGGUCGUACGUACUAUGUCAUGUGAGAGGUAAGUGCAGGCAUUGACAGUAUUGCAGUGCCCGACUUGGUAUUCAAUGAGAUGAAAUUCUUGUCGAAACCUAAGGAGUGCCGGGAAGAAGGUUCGGCCAACGUAGGAAUACACAAGUCUAAGAAAGGCCGGAAGGAGCUGCGUGAGGAGGAGAUAUCGGCAUAUUUUCGAAAUAUAACCGCAAAAAGACGUGCUGGCGAGCGUGAUCAGCUUGAGCAGGCUUCAGGUGCACUGAAGCAUGCGCACCCCACAAUUGAGACUGUGACCCGAGCAUCAGAGCGAGUCGAUGACCGACAUCACGAUACCCCUGUAGCGCUGCCUGAAAAGGCGUUCCUGGGCUUCGGAAGUAGAGGCGCGCCACAAGCAGGACGGAGCCUGCACUCCCCAGGCAAGAGCUACUUCACGUGGUCCGAGUCGAUAGCGGCGCCUAAGCGCGCAUCACUCGACGAUGGCCAGUCAAUGCCGCCCAGACCGCCCUCUCGUGAAGCUUGUCCAGCUCGAAGGGAGGAAUGGGACAGCUUAAACAUGACAACACCGCGACAGCGCAGGAGCCAGCAUCGGCAGGACCGCCUCAUCGACGGCGAGGCUAGACGGCGAGCGCAUCUUGCCAGCAUUGGACAAGAACAGCAAAUUGGUCUUGGUGAUGAACCAACACCACAGCCUCGCAGUAGCUUUUCGAAGCAUGCUCGUUAUGUGAGGAAUGCCCUUCGAUCAACAGCCUCCGUGCCUCCCGCAGAACCUCGCGCGACUAAUAAGCCAGGCGUUCCCAUCAAGCAUCAGUCGUGUGAAGCAGGCAACUGUCGCACAUCAGACAUACUGCAGCUGCGCGACUGCUUCCACACGGAAGAUCACUCGGCUUCGCUUCCACGACACAGUCCUGUUUAUCAUGCGACCGCAGACCAGGAGAACGUCGAUCCGACCAAUUCGACACCAACCAGCAAGCUUCUGCGUGAUGCAUGGGCGGCUAUCUCUAGGCCACAGCAAGAACCUUGGUCAUGCUCAAUGAAAGAGAGCGCUGGACUAAGAUAUGAUGAUGCACCGCAGCUUCACCCUAGUGUAGCCAUCACAGCACCCACAAGCCAGCAGCUGGAAGCGGGCCUGUACCAUGAACAUCAACAACCUCCGUCUCAGCCAGCAUGGUUCCCCGACGAGGAGUACAUCCCUCAGCGAGGGUUCAGUCGUGCAGGCACAAGUCACGCGGCGCAGUAUAGACAGCCGCUACGCAGUGUCUCUGCAUCCAACUCGAAUGGUCGUCCUCGUCCACAGCCUACUCCACUUGCUCAAUACGCCACUGGACGCGUCCAGCAGCGGGCAACAGUAUACGAAAUGCCCGACAUUCAGCCAAAGGCACCUAUAUAUACCAAUCGUAGACAGGCCGAAGACCUCGUGCGCCAGCUUGCCUCUGAUCGGAUGCCGGAGCGCCACGUUGCCUCAGAUCUACACGCCCACCAGCAAGGCUACUACAAUCCGAGUCGCGAGUCCUCGGACGCUGGCAUCAAUGACAGCCAUCCUCUUGGGCUCCAGAACAGUCUGGAGAUGCCGUAUUUGGUUACAGAGCCGCCAUCGAUGCAGAUGGAGAAUCCCGAUGGGGGAUAUCAUUCCGAGAUACCCAUGAUGGCGCCAUUAUUGAUUGAUAGUGAGCCUGCAGAUGGCAUGGCAGGCUUUUGGCAGCCGAAUAUGCUGUAUUGAAGCUGAAAGUGUUGCGAAGAGAUAUCGUCUUGUGGUGCUAUUCAUGAAAUGAGAAUGAUAGAUCACG